AUGGCGCUGUCGCGCGCGGAGCGCUGUCUCGCGUUGCUGCUGCGGCUGCUGUCGCGCGCCUGCCUCGCGCUGCUCGCGCUGCUGCCGCCGCCGCGCGCCGGCCCCGCGCGCGCCGCUCCGCGCUCCGUCCCGCCGCCGCGGCGCGCGCUCCUGCUGCUGCCCGCGCGGCGCCUCGCGGAGCUGCUCCGCGCGCGGCAGGUGGCGUGCGUGGAGGUGGUGGAGGCGUACGUGGAGAGGAUCAAGGAGGUGAAUCCCCUCAUCAAUGCCGUGGUUAAGGACAGGUUCGAGGAGGCCCUGCAGGAAGCCCGGCAGGUCGAUAAGCUGCUUGCGGAGAGUCCUGGCGAUGACUGCCUGGAGGAGAAGUUCCCCUUGUUGGGAGUUCCCAUCACCGUUAAGGAGGCCUUUUCUCUUUAUGGGAUGCCCAACACCUCUGGCUUGGUCAACCGCCGCAAUGUGAUCGCCACCUCGGAUGCCACUGUGGUGGCACGGCUGAAGCAGGCAGGUGCCAUCCCACUGGGUGUCACCAACUGCAGCGAGCUUUGCAUGUGGUACGAGUCCAGCAACAGGGUCUACGGGCGGACCAACAACCCCUACGACCUGCAGAGGAUUGUGGGCGGCAGCUCAGGUGGGGAGGGCAGUGUCCUGGCAGCUGCCGGCUCAGUCGUAGGUGUGGGCUCUGACAUCGGUGGCAGCAUCCGAAUGCCCGCUUUCUUCAAUGGAGUCUUUGGCCAUAAACCCACAACAGGGGUGGUGCCCAACGACGGCCAGUUCCCCAACGCUCAGGGGGUGCGCACCAGCUACCUGUGCACGGGGCCCAUGUGCCGCUACGCCGAGGACCUGGAGCCUGUCUUGAGAGUCAUGGCCGGCCCUGGGGUCAGCAAGCUGAAACUGAAUGAGAAAGUGUCGCUGGAGAAAAUCAAAUUCCACUGCAUGGAUCAUGAUGGCGGGUCUAUUUUUGUAUCACCUGUGGACAAGGAGAUCUUGCAGGCCCAAAAGAAGGUGGUGGAGCACCUUGAAAGUGACCUUGGGGUCCAGGUUCAGCAUGUGGCAAUCCACAAGAUGAAGUAUUCUUUCCAGAUCUGGUCAGCCAUGAUGUCAUCCAAGGACAGUGAGGGACAGGUGUGUCAGAGUGAGUUGGCAGAGGCACAGCUUUGGAGGCAGCAGGGAAGAAACAGCUAUUCGGGGCCAGCUGUGGAGAGCUGUAGGCUUCCCAAACCUACCCAGGGGCUCUCCCUGCUCCAUGUGUCCCCCCAGGUCUCCUUUCACCUCUUUCUAAAGUUGCACAGCACCUUCUCCCUUGUGUCCUGUGGGUUGAGGCCCUGGCUCUCAGCAGAGGAGCAGUGUGGUAAUUGGGAGGGGGAAGGUUGUUGUUUUGGCACGUUGACCUUUUCCAUGCAGGUUGGUAAGUCAACCAAGCGGGGGGCAUCCUGCCUUGCUCUUUGCCGCACGCUGUGUCUUCUGACUUGUAGGCUGGGAUUAACACCCUUUGGGAUGCCAAGACAGGAGGCACAAAGAUUCACAGACCUGCUGGGGGACCAUGGGAAGCCAGUGUGGCCGCUGUGGGAGCUGGUGAAGUGGCUCGUGGGGAUGUCUUCUCACACUCUCCCGGCUAUCGCCCUGGGACUGACAGAGAAGCUGGUGAACCUCAACCUCAGUGGGAAGGCCAAGCUGGUGAGCAUGGGGAAGAGCUUACAGGAGGAGAUGGAGGCACUGCUGGGGCCAGAUGGGGUGCUCCUCUACCCCUCACACCCCACCAUCGCCCCCAAGCACCACUCCCCAAUCUGCAUGCCCUUCAAUUUUGCCUACACAGCCAUCUUCAAUGUCCUGGGCCUGCCGGUGACGCAGUGCCCGCUGGGGCUGGGCCGCGAGGGGCUGCCGCUGGGCAUCCAGCUGGUGGCGGCCUCCUACAACGACCACUUGACGCUGGCGGUGGCCCGGUACCUGGAGAAAGCCUUUGGAGGAUGGGUUUUGCCAGGGGAAGUUUAACCUUGGGCGACAGGGACAGAGGCAGUGACAAGUGCUGAUGCUUGAUCCCAUCAUGGCACUGCCUGCUCCCUCUGCAUCCCCCUGCACCCUGCUGGGAGUGGCUGGUGGUGUCUCCAGCACAGGAACAGCUGGACCACUGCCACCGAGUCCUCAUCCCUGUGGCACCCUCUGUCAGGGAGAGACCUGCCUGCAGUGGGCACCCACCCACCUUUUCCAGACCAUGGAGUUGGCCAGCUCUGUAACCUUUCUGCUUUCAAAGCGCUGCGUGAGAGCUGGGCAGAGGACGUGCUUCCAGACUGCGGAGGGCAGCUGUGCAGCACCCCUCAGGGCUGCCUGGGCCCGUGGGGGUCCUCCUUGGCCUGACCCUGCCCACAGGGCUGGACUGUGCCUGUUGCACCCAGGCUAGCCCCCCCAGUCCUCCCAGUCUCCUGCAGGCUUGCCCCCACCCUUUGACCAAAAAGGGAGGGGGGCUGGAGGAGCCAUAGGCCUGCCUCACCAACAGCGCUUUGUGCGGUGGUGGAUGCUGGGCUCUGCAGUGUGUGCAGCUGUCAGGCACACAGCUGGGAGCAUUUCAGCAUUGGUAUUCAGCCAGGUAUUAAAGAGCUUGUCCAGUCUA